AUGAUUCUCCUACUUCUACUGUUUAUUCCCGUUUUUGUUGGUAAGCACAUUUUACGAAUUAAUUUAGAAAAACUACAAGUUAGGUCAGAACAACUAGGAAUAUAGCAUUGUUUUGAAAACCUUGAGCUCAUUUGAGCGCGAUGCUCAUUUUCCCCAAAAAUGCAAACAUUCUAGAUAAACACUAAAUAAGUCUCUAGAAAAAUUCCUAAACUUUCACUUUCGUCCAAUCUCUCUCUCUCUCUCAAUAAACUGUCCUUAAUUUCUCUUUCACCUGAGAAAGACGAUGGAAUGAGAUUAUCUCGGAUAGAUUUCUUUCUACACGCGUCACUUGGGCGUGGCUAAAAGUGCGCUCCAUCGGACCGAACUGGCACGUAAUUAACAAAGUACAAAAUUUUAGAGAUCGAAAAUUAACUGCAACUAGACGAAAAAAGCGUUUUUAGAAUGUCAACUCCACGACCUGGAAGUGACCACUUCGCCGUCGUGGGCUCCGACCGGAAGACUCAAUCAAUUUAAUGGAUUCGCCACGCCGCGCCCGUCGCUUUUACCACAAAACGCACAAAUGGGUAAGCAGAGAAUCAUUGAAACAGCGAUCGAAUAGAAUCGAAUCGCGUGAACUUGUAGAGUGUGAAAAAGUGAAAUCUGUGAACAGAUUAUGACACGUUAGACUACAAACUGAAUAGGUCUCGACACAAAGUGAAUUUAGCAACAAAAAAAAAACAAAAUAUUGACCGAUUUGUUUUUCAGUGUACGCCUCGGUCUGGGCGGCCUGGUCGGCGUGGUCGUUCUGCUCGGACUCGACGCGUAUCCGAGUGCGUGCGUGCAACACGAUCCGCGGCUUCCGAUGCCUCGGUCCGAACCAGCAGACCGAAGCGUGCGAUCCAUCGACCAGUCCGAUUCUCGGAAGACCACCGAGGCCCAACACCAUCAUCUCCGAUUACGACACUGUCGAUCCGUGGCAAGAGGACAGACUGGAGGCGCUGAAGCAAUUGUAUCCGGAUGAGAGUAUCGACGAGAAACUGAACCGUCUGCCCGAACACGACAAAGAGAGAAUGAGGGCGAGACUUGCGGAUCUGGUUCUGGCUCCGCCCACUCCUUUGAGCCAUGAACUUUUGAAUCGUCCGGAUAACGGAAGAGAUGGAGCACCGGGAUCCACUCCAGAGAAGAUGUUCGGAGCAAGAGCUCUCGGAGCCAAAGCCUUCGCCAUCAGCUCUAGUCCCCAGCAGAAGCCGUUGGAGCUUCCGGACCUUACUGACGUCUUCUCGGAUAUCACGGAACCGCAGGAGAAGCUGAAGGAGCAUUCGGAGCAGCAAGAGCUCAUAGACGAAGUUAACGAGCAGGAGAAGAUCCGCGAGAAGAGCCGAGGAGAGGGAACGUUCUCGAAAAAGGAGAAGCCACUGAGGAAAGUCACUGCGGCGCCAGUUGAAAAGGAUCAGGAGAUCGAAGAGGUCAACGAUGAAAUGCAAAAGUUGCGGGAAAAAAUGGACGGCCCAAAGUUCCAAGAUCAAGAGUUCAAGGAGGACAUUUUCGGAAGCAUUGAGGAGUUGAUGAGCCCGACGAAGAAAGUUUCGACGACUACAGUGCCUCCGACCACAUCCACCGUACCCACCACGACAAAAACCACAACCACCACCACCACCACCACCACAGCCAUUACCACUACUACAACUCCCCGCCCAACUACAACUCCCCGACCGACUCCGCGCCGCCCUCCAUCCCGAGUGACGCCACGUCUUCUAACUGUUCCACCAGAGGAUAUCGUCGAGUUGGUCACUCCGAGUAUGGGCGGUACACACGUCAAACAUCCAGAAGUGAUCAGCUUUUUCAACGAGGAAGAAACGAUUGCGGCGGAGGAGACAACGACGAGCAGGAAGCCGUGUAAGUUGGAUUACGCUGGAGCGCACUUCCACUGUCAUAAAUUUUGCAGGGAAGAAUGCGAUUCACUUCGGAGAGGUGAAUCCGAGCACGACGACGACGACGACCACAACCACCACUCAGGCUCCAACUACCACGACUACAACCCCAUCAGGAUUCCCGAUUCCAGAAGAGAUCUCGUUGGACACGUUGCACGCGUUGGAUUGGAUGUUGGCGAAUAUGACAAAGGCGGCCGAGGAGUCGCAGUUGGACGGGUUUGUUGGAUCAUCUUGAACUACAAUAUUCUGACAAGCAGAAGUUUUUUAAGAAAUGAACUUCGUCGCCGUCUCGACAGCUCCCCGAACGAUCCAUCGGCCAGCAUUCCGGAAACUAAAGUAUUCGCCAAAAAGCGUUUGCCCAAAAAAAAGCGUGUCAAGACGCACCAGACGAAGGUGAUUCAACUGCAUUACGGAGAGGUGGACCCGACGACGGCGAAUCGGAAAUUCCCGAAAUUUCGAACUCGGAAUGCGCACAGGGCGAAGAUUUUCGGAAUAAAAACGUCAAAUGUGCCGGAGCAAGAGUUGACGGCCACGCGGAAAAAGGAGGAGCUGGUGGAGGAGAUCAACGAUUUGAAGGAUCUGAUGGAGCAGUUGGACGAGAAGAUUGAGUCGCGGAGUGCUUUGAUGGAAGAGACAUACGAUAGUCUUUUGAAUACGAAACAUGUGAGUUGGUUGCCAAAGUUGGCGCCAGUUUUCGAGAAAUGAUAAUAUUUUAGGAACACGAUUCUCCGUACCGUCAAGUCUGA